UGAAAUCUCAGUCAGUAUAGUUUAUAGAAGAAGAUGGCGCUGAGAAGGAACGUGGGAGUUGCAGUGGAUUUCUCUCCAUGCAGCAGGGAUGCACUGAAGUGGGCCUCUGAAAAUCUAGUUAAAGAGGGAGACCAUCUUAUCCUCAUCAGCGUUCAGCCCUCCUCAGACUAUGAGCAAGGAGCGGCUCAGCUUUGGCAAGCUACGGGCUCGCCUCUGGUUCCACUCAUGGAGUUCUCCGACCCUGGCAUAACCAAAAAAUACGGUGUCAAGCCAGACGCGGAAACUCUCGGCAUACUCAACACAAUCUCUACGCAAAAUGGAGUAGAAGUAUUGGCCAAGAUAUAUUGGGGUGAUGCUGGUUUAAAGAUAUGUGAAGCAAUUGCUGAUGUGCCCUUGAACUGCCUUGUCAUGGGAAGUAGAGGACUCACUGGAGUUAAGAGGGCUCUUUUGGGGAGUGUCAGCCGCUAUGUCAUCAAUCACGCAGUGUGUCCUGUAACCAUCGUCAAGGACUCUCAAUCUCGUCAAUAAAUCAAC